ACCCACGUUUUAGUCUGUCGCGUGUGUUGCUACGGCGCAGAAUAUAGCAUCACCUCGCCCUCUCGUUCGCUUCUGUGAUCGUCCGAGGUUCGAGAGAUGCCGUGAAACCGGGGAAAAUAGAGUCGCGCAUAGACUGCAUCGCGAGAGAUCGUGUGCCGAAAUUCCAUCCGCGAUUGUCCAUGAAAGGGUAGAUAUAAUCGCAGAUGAUAAUGAGAACGCGACGUCGAGAUGUUGCCGCGCGACGUCGUCAAUCAUCGUCGCGAUUCGCGUAAACCUAAAUUCCGCUAGUAAAAAAAAAAGAAAAAAAGAUGUGAUGUCGGAUAUCUUCGUUUGACACGCGUCAAAUUUGAUCAGAACAUUUUCAACGAGGUACAUAAAUUUGUUUGCGAAUUGCAAACUUACGUCGGUCAUUCAUCUCGUGGUAUAGAAAUCGGCGAGCAAAAUCUCCUCGAAGACUAUAUAUAAGAAAAUUGAAUCCGACUGAAAAUCCUCUAAGUUUAACGCGAAAAAAGGUGUCCUACGCGCGAUAUCCUCUAUUAACGGCACAUCCGAUCGGAAUAUGUCGCACGAGUCUUUGAAAAAGCACACGAGGGGAAAAGGUCGAGCACGCUGCGGCGAUCGCACCGCUCCGGUGCCCGAGAGAUGACUAUACUACUACUGCCGAGAGAGAGAGCGAUAAGCCUAUUAUCAGCCAGCUUUAAGUGACGCGGGAUUGAUCGCGUAAAAAUAACCAGCGCAAGGCACAAAAAAGGAAAGAAGAAAAAAAGGAGAAAAAGAAAACGUGGCGGGAAUGCGCGCCGAGUACACUUUGCGACUGCGGCGAUUAUUAUCGGUGCGUCCUGCCGCGCCUCUUCAAUAUUAAUAAUAUCCCGUCGACUUCGAGAGGCCGACUUCCGGUAUGCGUUUCUUCGCGCGAACCACCGCGUGGCCAGCUCGCUGCGCGUCCCAGACCGGAAAUGCUCGCGGAAAUCAUCGUCAUCGUUGCGUCGAGUGAUGACCAUUGGGCGAGAGAGCUGUCCGUAACAAGAUCAGAUGAUGACGGAUUCCCCGACACCAUCGACCAGCAGACAUCACGACGAUAAAUCCGACAAGCCCGAGAAAGCCGAUAAAACGGUGUUCCUGCAAAUCCAGGACAUAAACAGCCAGGUAGCACAAUUUCGGGAUCUACUCAUUAAUAUCGGGCAACCGCGCGAUUGUCCGGAACUACGGGAGAAAAUACGAAGGCUACGUCGAAACUGCGUGGACGCUUGCAAGAGCACCUCUCAACUGGUACUGCCUCAUGUGCAGAGCGCUAUGGAUGUCGGAAUACCGGUGGACAGUCCGAAUUUAGUGCUAUUAUUUUACGUGGUGCAAUUAUUUCUACGCGAACUGCACAAGAGCAAGAACCUCAUACGAAUCGUACCCAUGGACAUGUCCGGAUAUUACGAGAGCCGCGCCGGUCCCUCGUAUAUCGGCAACGUGGUCUCGCAGAUCCUCCUAUGCAAACAGAUCAGACCGGAUUUCAACGAGGAGGAGCUCUGCAGCAUCCGAAAGGAUUCGGAAGAGAUCGGUCAGCUGAUAUCGGAACUGCAAGAAUUCAUGCCCCAAUCCGAGGCUGACACGGAGAAACCUGUGGCACUUCAUAGCACUGGGAACAAAAUCAAUCGGAACAACGGAACACGAAGGAUGCACCGAUGGAGCAGCAGCAACAGAGACCGACAAUCGUCCUAUUUUCGUAGUGGCUUUAGAUUUUUGUGCUGCGCCGCGAGCACUAAUUAUGUUUAACGUACAAUUCGUUUUAUUAAUUAAAUAUAAUAUAUAUAUAUAUAU